AUGUCUUUCAAAGUUAACUGGGAUAGUCUUGAAACCGACUCUUUAACGAACUGGACAAAGGAGCUAUUGACGGAUGCCUUAAAUUCAGGAAAAAGGCCACCAAUUUUGGCCUCUGGCAUUCAGAUUAAAGACUUGAAUUUUGGAAAGGUGGCUCCAAAUUUUGAAAUAUUAGAAAUCGGAGAGUUAGACAAAGACAGAUUUAGAGGGAUUUUCAAACUUACUUAUAGUGGGGACUUCCAUUUGACAUUGCAUACUAAGGUACAAGCAAAUCCUUUAAAGAUUUACAGCUCAAAUUCGCUAGAAAGAGAAGUGAAUAAUGACUGGGAGCUGUUCAUAACACCAAACUUCUUGAUGGCAGAUGAUGCGUUUGCUCUUCCUUUAGACCUCAAAUUAAGUGACAUCAAAAUAAAUGGGAUAGGCAUAAUUGUCUUUUCAGAAUCAAAAGGCUUAACGUUAGUCUUUAGAAAUGAUCCACUAGAUUCUAUCAAAGUCUCCUCAACCUUUGAUACGGUCCAAGUAUUGGCAAAUUUUUUGCAGAAUCAAAUCGAGAGUCAAAUUCGUGAUUUGUUCAGAGAGACAUUGCCAACAAUACUACAUCAAUUGAGCUUGAAGUAUACGUCAGUCAACCGUAAUGAUUUGCUCAACUUAAAUCCUCGGUCAUCUCGCACUUCUGAAGCUACGACGUUUGAUCCAAAUGUUACUUAUUCAUCCGAGAACCUUCAAAAGAACUUGAAUUUGUAUGUAUCAAGAGAAACAUUGAAGUUGGAUAUUUCAAAAUUCAAAAAUAUUGUUCAGAGAACCCAUUUGGAUAAAUUCCAUAAAAAUUUACCAAACUUAGCAGACUCUUUGAAAUCGAGCUUGAACUUAAGGGGUGCUAAUUUGGCUUCAUAUAACAAUUCAAAUGGUAUUCCUAUUGAAUAUCUCACCAAAAAUGAUCCUGUUCAGGUCAAUAAUAUUUUAAGGGAUAUUGUUUCCACCCAGGCUACAAAUUAUUAUAAGUCUGGUAACAAUGCUUCUAUGAAACCUAAAAGAAGAAAAAUUAAGUUGCAUUCUAAAAAGAAGGCCACGAGUGAGAAUGAUACGAAUCUAGAAGACUCCUCAGAUCAAAGUGUGUUCUUAGGAGCAGACAUAGCUUCGGAUGCUUCUACUUUGAUUGAAGAUUCGGAAUCCUUGCAAACCCCUCAAAAAGAAGCUCCCAAUUUUUCGCAUUUGAAACAGCCCAAGCCUAUCAGGGUAUCUACUGAUUUCCCUUCGCACGCUUUGAGACCAAUUGAAUCACACUCUUAUUUUCAUCCCAAUCAGAUGAAUAGCCCUUCUACAAAUUCAUCUUUGUUGAGUAGCCUUGGUUUGGGUAAUAACUAUUUCAACUUUUCGAAUUCUAAUCAUAUAUCAACGUCCCCUAUUAGAAAUGAAAAGGAAAAGGAAAUUAGAAACAAAAAGUCUAUUAAUUAUAUCGAUAUCAACAAAAUUAAUAGCAAGAAAAAUGACGAGUUGACCUCAAAUGCUUUGAAGCAGCAAAUAAAACUUGACAAGGAGCAAGAUAUUCCGGAUCAUUCAAUGGUUGGUUUAAGUGGCCAACAAGGAUUGUUUGAAGCUCCGCCACCACCCUAUUACCAAGUUUAA